AUGGGAACACAGCUCGACUAUCGUCAAAGGCUUAACUUUGUCCCGGACAUUGUUAAAAUGUCUGAUGCGGCUGUCCAGUCGUCGCCGAUUCCGGGCGUCCUUGGACAAGCCUGGAUCGAUCAGGUUGAGAAGGAAUUCGACAAAGCAUUCGUGUCGCUCGAUAUCCUGCUCGGCGAGGUCGAUUCAGAUCAGGUUGAGAUCACGUACGAGGGACGCCAGAAGAUGACGGCCCUAUCCUCGUGCUUCGCGCAGCUUCUCCACAAAACGCAAACGUUGCACCACGCCCUUUCCCGCGUUCAGAAUGAGGUGCAUAGCCUCCAAUGUGAGCUGCACUCCAAGACGGCGCCGCACGAGUCGGAUAUGAUCAAAAAGAAGCUGGAUCUUGAGAUCAACGCUUUCCGUGAUGAGGUGAUCCCAUCGUGCGGCAACGUGUUCGUGGGCGAUGCCAUUCUAUCAGUCAACGGCAUCGAUUUGCGGACCGUGAAGCAUCAAGAAGCCGUCGAGAUCUUGUCCACUCAGCAAGGCGACCUGGAGCUGGAAUUGGUGUUUGUUUCGCCGGAUGAGGACUCGGAUGACGAUGGCACGGUGAUGAUCGAAGAUGCUGAUGGGACGCUAUUCAACAUGUACAACAACAACAAUCUGAACAGCGUGGCGACGGGCAGCACCGGGGCGGCCAGCAGCGAGCCCCAGUCGAGCUCAAGGUCUUCGACGUCUUCUCGACCAAAUUCUGGAGGCCUC